ACUGGAAUGUAGGCAGGGGAACCUUCCUUACUAAUAAGAGCAUUCUAGAUGUACUUGUAUAAUAUCAAAAUCUAAAUGGAAGACCCAAGCCAAAAUACUGAAGUGAUGUUUCAAAAGAUUCGAUUUCAGUCAGAUUCUCGAUUUUUGGUAAAUUUUGUACACCGCUCGUACAUUUCCAUCGUAGACGAAGUUGCUCCUGUGUAGUCGCCAGUCGGUGGAGCAGCCGAAGACGACAGGUUGGGCAAAGUCGAUCGUCCUCUCCCUAACCCUAUAACCCUAAUCCUGACAGUGCGAGGAAAAUUUUCAUUUCAAGUCUUCCACGGAGGAAUGGGAAAUGCGAUGUUCCAUCCGCACAUUAAAAGUCAAGCUUUUCGACAACUUUUCUAGCGUGGGAAAGCAGGCCGCCAAAUAAAUUCAUAUGGGUGUGUAAGCAGAGAGACGGGCCCGAACCCGAUAGGGAACACUCCGAAAGGAGACUUCUCUCUCUGCACUUGAGUUUCUUUCUUCAGGUCAUGUUCUCCACUUCUACUUUUUUUUUUUUCCCUUAACCUAGGAGAAAAUUUCACAAAUUAGUGUUCGCCGCACGGAACUUACUUCCUUUUCAUGUCAAUGGCAUCUCUUUUUCUGUGGGCAUAAUUCCCUGUUGCUAGACUUCGACAUACAUAACCAAAACUGCAAUUUUAGAGCACGCAUUAAAUGUAGGGGUGUCAGCUGUCACGAAGGCAAUUUCAAUCCGGCGAACACCUUUAUUACGCGUCUUCUCUUUAAUGUAACAACAUUGACGUUUAGACAAGUGAUGCAGGAGGAUUUACAUUUUUUUUUAAAAUUUUCCCAUAAUGAUUGUUCACGUGGACGAGGAAAUUCGUACUCUUUUUCUAUUAAUAAUCCUAAAUUACAUCUCCUCUUCCUUCCCCAAGAAAUCAAGGUCUAACCCAGCAUCUGCAAUUAUCAUGGGAAGCCGAACUCCAGCUCCUCCAAAACUUGUUGCCUUGGUAUUGUUCCUUAUUUCUUUUUCUUUCCCUUUGGCUGCUUCAGAGGUCAAAAGCUUCUUGCACAGAGGAUCCUCCUUGUCAGUUGAAGAUGAUACAGACCUUCUAAUCUCUCCAGAUGGAACAUUCACCUGUGGCUUUUAUGAGGUUGGAGAAAAUGCCUACUGUUUCUCAGUUUGGUUCUCAAAGUCCAGGGACAGAACAGUUGUUUGGAUGGCUAACAGAGAUAGUCCAGUUAAUGGCCGGGGCUCAAAAAUUACACUACGCCGAGAUGGCAUGUUGGCCUUAACCGAUGUCGACGACUCUAUUGUUUGGGAGACCCACAAUACCUCCGCCCAGAUUCAAAGAGCAGAGCUUUUGAAUACUGGAAACCUUGUUCUAGAAGACCCACAAGGCAAAAUUCUAUGGCAAAGCUUUGAUAGUCCUACUGACACUCUCCUCCCUAACCAAGCCUUCACCAAAAGCAAAAAGCUAGUAUCUGCACCAGGGAAAGGAAGGUACUCUUCUGGGUAUUUUAGUUUCUAUUAUGAUAACGAUAAUGUCUUGAGGCUGAUGUAUGAUGGACCUGAUAUCUCUAGCUUGUAUUGGCCCAAUCCUGAUAACAGUGUAUUCCAAAAUGGGAGAACAAAUUAUAACAGUAGUAGAAUUGCUUUUCUAGAUGACAUGGGUUUGUUUUCGUCAAGUGACAAACUGCAAUUUAGGGCUGCUGACUUUGGUUUUGGGGUCAAGAGAAGGCUAACAAUGGAUUAUGAUGGAAACCUCAGGCUUUAUACCUUGAAUUCGACAGGAAUGUGGGUGGUGUCCUGGGUAGCUCUUGAUGAACAGUGUAAAGUGCACGGGCUGUGUGGGAGAAAUGCAAUUUGUGUUUAUACACCAGAACCCAAGUGUUCUUGCCCCCCUGGAUAUGAGGAAAGUGACCCAACUAACUGGAAUGGAGGUUGCAAGCCUAUGUUCAGACGGGGCUGUUCUCAUUCUGAGCAGGUAAAAAUUGUGCAGCUAUCCCAGGUAGAUUAUUACGGAUUUGAUCUCAAUUUCAGUACGUCUAUUUCAAUAGAAUCCUGCAGGAAAAUUUGCGUGGAGGAUUGUCAAUGCGAAGCAUUUAGCUAUCGGCUGAAUGGAGAAGGGCGCUGUUACACGAAAAGUGCACUUUUCAAUGGUUACAAGUCUCCAAAUUUCCCAGGGAGUAUAUAUUUGAAACUGCCUUCCAGUGUGGAUGCAUCAGAAGCCACUGUUCUCAAAGGCUCCAAUCCCAUAUGCGGAUCCAAUGUAUCUAAAAUUUUAAUUGGUUCUCCUUCAAUGUACAAGAUUUCCAACACAAGGGUGAGAUGGGUUUAUUUCUAUUGGUUUAUUUCUGCGAUUGGUUUAAUCGAAGUUCUGUUCAUUGUAUCUGGUUGGUGGUUCCUUUUUAGGAGGCAUGAUACUGGUGUACCAUCUUUGCUGAAAGAUGGAUAUGCUGCAAUAUCAAGCCAGUUCAGGAGGUUUAGUUAUGCUGAACUGAAGACUGUAACCUGGAAAUUCAAGGAAGAGCUGGGUAGAGGAGGCUUUGGAGUUGUUUACAAGGGUGUUUUAACAGAUGGAAGGGUGGUGGCAGUGAAGAAAUUGGGAGAUGUCAAUCAAGGGGUAGAAGAGUUUUGGGCAGAGGUCAGCACUAUUGGAAGAAUCAAUCACAUGAACAUAGUGAGAAUGUGGGGAUUCUGUUCAGAACAGAGAAAUCAACUCUUAGUUUAUGAGUAUGUCGAAAACCAGUCUCUGGACAAGCACUUGUUCUUCUCGAAUUUUCUUGGAUGGAAAGAGAGGUUCAAAGUUGUGAUAGGGACAGCAAAAGGCUUGGCCUACCUGCACGAUGAGUGCCUUGAAUGGAUCAUACAUUGUGAUGUGAAGCCUGAAAAUAUACUUCUAGACAGUGAAUUUGAACCUAAGAUUGCAGAUUUCGGGCUGGCAAAGUUGUCUCAAAGAGGUGGUCCUGAUUCAGAGUUCUCUCGGAUCCGAGGAACCAGAGGAUACAUGGCUCCAGAAUGGGCUCUGAACCUUCCUAUUACAGCAAAAGUUGAUGUUUAUAGCUAUGGAGUUGUGAUUCUAGAGAUAGUGAGAGGAAUUCGGCAUUUGAAUUGGGUGGCAGAGGAUGGCGACUGUGAAGAGCAAGAAUCAGAGCUCGCAAGAUUUGUCAGGUUUGUGAAGAGGAAAACCCAAUCUGGAGAAGACUCUUGGAUAGAGGACAUCGUGGAUCAAAGAUUGAAUGGGCAGUAUAGCAGGAACCAGGCAGCAACAGUGAUUGAGAUAGGGAUUUCAUGCGUGGAGGAAGACAGAAGCAAGAGACCAACAAUGGGCUGGGUGGUGCAAACUCUACUGCAAUGUGAGGAUGAAGGAGGAGUCCAUUCUCCAGAUAUGCAAUAAUUGCAUUUGAGCGAUAUCGCUCCGGCUGUCACGUCUGUUUAAUGGUCCGCAACUAAUUCCGCGCCCCGUGCCAGCCUCCCCCACAGCCCACAGAGAGGGUAAAUUUCAGGAGCCCGCCGCAGGAAUCGAACUCAGGAGGGGAGAAAGCCCUGACCUCGUGAAAGGCACUCCCAAGGUCCGCAAUGCUCCAAUUGGGUCGCAUAAAAACAGAUUCUACCUGUCUAAUGAACAGAGUCUAUUAUUAGAUAGCAACAUAUUGUGGUUUAUUUCAAUUUGACUAUUUACAAGUGGUAGAUAAGAUCUGAAUCGGUGGGAUUCAACUGUUGUGUUCCCUUGUCCCCAUGGUUUACAAAUUAUUCUCCUGCUUCCAUUGAAAAAAUAGAAGUGGCUUUAUGUAUCCCAUCUCAUUUACAUGGAUAACAUAUACAAUUUAUUAUUUUAAUA